AUGCCCGUCGAGAAGCGCCUCGACAUGUUCCGCGAGAAGUCCGUGCCCCUCGUGACCAAGGUCUGCAAGGACGCCAUGGCCGACGCGGGCAUCGACGUCGAGCAGAUCGGCAAGCUCGUCGUCGUAUCCUCCACGGGCUUCCUCGGCCCGGGCCUCGACGCGGAGCUCAUCAAGACGCUGGGCCUCUGGCGCGGCGUCGACCGCUCCCUCAUCGGCUUCAUGGGCUGCGCGGCGGCGAUGAACGGCUUCCGCGUCGCGAACGACUUCGCCAUGUCCCACCCGGGCAAGAUGGCGCUCAUGGUCUGCGUCGAGAUCUCCUCGGUCCACACGACCUUCGACGACAACGUCAACGACGCCAUUCUCCACGCCAUCUUCGCCGACGGCUGCGCCGCGGCCGUCAUUUCGGGCGAGAAGCCGGGCUCGGCCGCCGCCAAGGGCAAGUUCGGCAUCGUCGACACGCACGGCUGGCUCAUGGAGGGCACGGAGGACGGCAUCACGCUGUCCAUCAACGAGAACGGCAUCUCCUGCAUCCUCUCCAAGUACCUGCCCCAGUACAUCGCCAAGAACAUGGCGGGCUACGUCGACUCGUUCCUCGGCAUGCACGGCCUCCAGAAGACGGACAUGGACUUCUGGGCCAUCCACCCGGGCGGCCGCCGCAUCAUCGAGGAGGCGCAGAACGGCCUCGGCCUCUCCGAGGAGCAGGCCAAGUACUCCUGGACGGUCCUGUCCCAGUACGGCAACAUGCUCUCGCCCAGCGUCAUGUUCGUGCUCGAGCUCAUCCUCAACGACCACAAGAAGGCCCUCGCCAAGGGCGAGCGCGGGCUCAAGCAGGGCAUCGCCUUCUCCUUCUCGCCGGGCGUCGGCGCCGAGGGCAUCCUCAUCAACGUCAUGUAG